AUGUCUCUUCAACCGAUCACCCUCUGGGGCCAUGCUUCCGGCCCGAACCCCUGGAAGGUGGUUUUCAUCCUGGAAGAACUGAGCAUCCCCUACGAGCACAAAUACGUUGAGUUCGACCAAAUCAAGAAAGAGCCUUAUGUGAACAUCAACCCCAACGGCCGCGUCCCGGCAAUAGAGGAUCCCAAUACGGGGAUUACCCUGUGGGAAUCAGGCGCCAUCCUCGAAUAUCUGGUUGAAACAUACGAUAAGGAACACACUAUCAGCUUCCCGGCGGGUACACCAGAGUACUUCCAUGCCAAGCAGUGGCUGCACUUCCAGAUGUCAGGGCAAGGGCCGUACUUUGGUCAAGCGGUCUGGUUCACAGUCUAUCACCCGGAAAAGAUUGAGAGUGCAAAGGAACGAUACUUCAAUGAGGUCCGCCGUGUGUCUGGUGUUCUGGACAAGUGGCUCGAGGGCCGCGAGUACUUAGUCGGCAACAAGUACAGUUAUGUUGACUCCGCAUUCACACCAUGGUACGCGAUCAUCCCAAAGAUUACUGGUGACAGCAUCGGCCUCGAGAAAGACUUUCCCAACCUGAACGCCUGGUUGAAUAGAAUCAAGGAGAGACCUGCUAUUGCCAAAGUUGUUUAA